CGAAUUUGAAAUAUUCAUAAGUUUGUUAUUGCAAUGAGCCCUUGUUAUUGAAGUGCAUUUCACUGUUUUGUGAACGUUCUUUUCUCGAAAUAUUAGAAGUUCGUAUACAAUCCCAAAUUCAGGAUUUAUAAAAAGUCAUUUACAGUACAAAGUCAUAAAGAUGGCUCCUAAUACAGAUGUUGAGGCUCAAGAAGAAGAAGAAGCUGACCUUACUGAUACAUCUCUUUUAAAUGGCAGGUUUCUUGCCCAUCCACCUGAAGGUGAAGAAAUUUGCAUAACAGGUUUAGCUGGAAUUUUUCCCAAUUCCAAGGAUGUACAUCACUUCAGGGACAAUUUGAUGCAGAAGAUAGAUAUGAUAGAUGGCGACUUUAGAAGAUGGCAUCCAAUUCAUCCUGAAAUUCCCCAAAGAACUGGUAAAAUUUACGACAUAGAGAAGUUUGAUGCUGGGUUCUUUGGUAUUCAUCACAGACAAGUCAACUCAAUGGAUCCGAUGGCUAGAAUAAUACUGGAAAAAACUAUUGAGGCAAUUUUUGAUGCUGGUUUACAUCCCUCUGAACUUGAAGGUACCAGAACUGGAGUAUUUAUUGGUGUUUGUUUCGCAGAGAGCGAGAGAGAGGUUUUUUUUGAGUUUCAAGAGCCCCAAACUUUCGCCAUGACAGGUUGUAUGAGGUCAAUGCUGACGAAUAGACUGAGUUACUACUUGAAACUCAAAGGACCUUCCUUAGUUACUGAUACCGCCUGCAGCAGUUCCUUAUACGCUUUGGAGCAUGCUUAUAACGCUAUGAGGAAUGGUUCUUGUGAUAUGGCUAUAGUUGGAGGGUCCAAUCUCUGUUUACAUCCUUUCGUAUCUCUUCAAUUUGCCAGGCUGGGCGUACUGAGUUCUGAUGGGUGUUGCAAGUCGUUUGAUGCUUCCGGAAACGGUUACUGCAGAUCAGAAGCGAUAACAUGCGUCCUACUCCAGAAGGCAAAAGAUGCUAGAAGAAUAUAUUCUACCAUAGUCCAUGCUAAGACUGGUUGUGAUGGUUACAAAGAGCAAGGUAUUACUUAUCCUUCAGGAGAAAUGCAGAAAAAGUUACUUGAGGAAUUUUAUUCCGAAUGUGGUGUCGAUCCAACUUCUCUCAGUUUUUUGGAAGCUCAUGGAACGGGAACCAAAGUUGGAGAUCCAGAAGAAGUUAUUGCUAUAGAUGAAGUUUUCCGCCCUACCAAAGAGAAUCCUCUUUUGAUAGGAUCAGUAAAAUCAAAUAUUGGGCAUUCGGAACCAGCUUCUGGUUUGUGUUCUGUUACAAAGUGUAUUAUUGGCUUUGAAGAAGGAAUAGUUCCACCUAAUAUUCACUAUUCAAUACCAAGAGAAGGUAUUAAAGCCCUGGAAGAUGGACGUAUCAAAGUUGUUGCAGAACCAACAUCUUUCGCAAACGACAAUGGUCUCAUAGGUAUAAACAGUUUUGGCUUUGGUGGUGGAAACUGCCAUGUACUGUUGAAACAUAACCCCAAAAUUAAAAUGAAUGGUGGUCAACCAACUGACGACUUACCAAGAUUGGUGUGUUUAAGUGGUAGAGUACCUGAAGCUAUCAAUAAACUUAUUGAAGAUGUGAAUUCAAGAAAAAUGGACGCUGAACACAUUCAGUUGUUACAUGAAAUAUUCAAAGAAGAUAUAGAAUGCCAUAAUUAUCGUGGUUACACUAUAGUGUCUAAAAACGGAGUGCUAUCGUCUUCUUAUAAAUGGUACGAGGGCAGAAGGUUACCUCUAGUUUUUGCUUUUGGUUAUUUCGACGAUUGGAGGAGGAUAGCGAAUGAUCUCCUUGAAAUUGAAGUUUUUAAAACAACGAUUGACAGGAUAGGUGAUAUCCUCAGAGAAAAAUUCAUAGAUAUCCACAAGAUCUUCAAAAACUCCAAGAAACCACAGGAAGGGACCUACAACGUGAUGGAAGACAUAGUUGGCAAUGUUUCUCUCCAAAUUGGCAUCAUCGAAGUUUUGAAAGAUCUCAAACUCAAUAUUGAUUAUGCCAUAGGAUACGCUAUCGGUGAGAUAGCGUGUGGUUACUUCGAUGGUUGUCUCACUUUAAGAGAGGCUAUCUUCAUGUCUCAUUCAAUUGGCAGUCUUUUGGAAAAAAUAAACACAGCUUCUAUUACUUUGGUCCUGAAAGGACCAGUUAAAAAGAUUCUGAAGAAACUGCCGAAGAACGUAGAGGUUAUUUGGAGAAACUCUGAAGACGUUGUUAGUCUAUCCGGUGAUCCUGCAAUUUUGAAAAACUUUGCUAUGGGAUUAGAAGGAGACGAUAUUGUGAUAUUAGCCAAUAAUGACAGAUCUGAAGUAACUCUUCCUACCAGUCGAGUAUAUGAGAUCGAGCAGGAUUUACUGCGUCUGUUGAUCAAAGAUUUGCCCAAACCUAAACAGAGAAGUGACAGGUGGAUAUCUGCUUCAACUGCCAAAGUAGCAUCUGCCGAGUACUUCGUGAAGUCUUUACAAUCUCAGAUAUUUUACCAAGAUUUUAACUGUCACUUUGGCGAAGAACAAUUGAUACUAGAAGUUGGCCAGGGAAGAUUUUCUGAACUACUGAAAUUCACAAUAAAUGGAUUGACCGAAUUUGUCAAUUUUGGACCAAAGAUCGAGGGGGAUGGUUUGGUAUCAUUCAUGAAGGUAUUGGGCAGACUAUACGAGAAUGGUUUUAAUCCAAAAAUUCAAAACUUGUACCCUAAAACUGCAUAUCCAGUCAGUCGUGGUACACCAAUGAUCUCACCUCAUAUCAAAUGGGAUCAUUCAAAAGAUUGGCAUGUUCUUGUGUACAAAGAGUCUCAUUCGAUGAAAAACGGGGAGAGGUUAAUGGCUAUUAAUCCUAUUGAAGAUGAUUGGCAAUACCUCACUGGACAUGUUAUAGAUGGUAGAAAUAUUUUCCCAGCAACAGGCUACCUUCACAUUAUCUGGGAAACUUUGGCCAUGAUCAACAGUAUAUCUGAGCUAGAGAUGGUGGUGGUGUUUGAAAAGGUCAAAUUCAAAAGAGCUACACCCGUCACCAAGCAGUAUAUCGAUUUUGAUGUGAUGAUACAGAGGAACAGUGGAAAUUUUGAAAUUAUUGAUGAUGGUAUGGAUAUUGUCAGUGGAUGUGUACGUCAAGUUUUCAUGGGAAAUCAUGCUGAAUUUUCAAACAUCAAAAUACCAGGUGAAACCUUGGCUACUAAUAUAAACACCUUGAAAACAAAAGAUGUCUACAAGGAAUUAAGACUUAGAGGUUACAACUAUAAAGGUGCAUUCAGAGGUGUCCAAGAGGUGGAUACUGAAGCUUCCAAGGCUUACGUGAAAUGGGAUGGUAAUUGGGUAACAUUUAUGGACAAUAUGAUGCAAUUGAGAAUUAUGCAGUUUGAUACCAGACUUUUAUAUGUUCCUACGGGUAUUGACAAGUUGGUAAUUGAUCCCAAGCGUCAUCUGGAAUAUGUUGAAUCGUUCGGAGAGAAUCCUGUUCUUCCUGUUUAUCUUUCCGAAGACGCAGGGGUAAUGAGAUGUGGCGGCAUAGAAAUAAGAGGAUUAAAAGCAAAUUCUAUACCAAGAAGGAAACAAAGAAGUGCUCCUGUCUUAGAGAAAUAUGAAUUUGUACCUAAUGAAACCACAUUAACUGUAGAACAAUCAUUGAGAGUGAAUAUACAGCUUGGCUUAGAAAACUUCUUCGGAAUCAAGCUGAAAAUUAUUGAGAUCCUUGACGAAGCAACACAAGAAGGCAGUGAGCCUUUGGGACCUAAAAUCUUCGAUGUCUACGCUGACCUCCCGUUAAUUCAAGUCAACAUCUCCGUCUUCAGUAAGGAAAAACUGGAGCUUGCCAAUGUAACCGUUGAAGAUAAAGAACUUCGUAAAGAGAUUGACUGUCACUUGGUUGUGGGAACAAACAUUCUCCAGAGAGCAAUGAUCAUGCAACAAGCGUUCUCUGCUCUGAAGGAGAAAGCAUUCAUUUUGUCUCGCGAAAAUCUUGACUUUCAUCCAUCUCGGAUGGCCAAGGAAGAUUUGGAAGCCGUAGAUAUACUGACCAUUCACGAUGUUGGUACAGAAAAAUUUGUUUAUUUCCGCAAGAGCUUAAAGUCCAAGGAAAGAACAAUUAUCAAUGUUUCUGAGAAAGAUGAGGAAUUCAGAUGGCUGCCCUCUUUACAAUCUGCACUGAAGAGUGAUAAGCACCUAAUACUUUAUGCCCAAAACGAACCCUUGAAUGGACUUCUUGGUCUAUUUAACUGCGUUAGGAGAGAGCCUGGAGGUAAUAACAUAAUUUGCGUUUUGAUUUAUGGGGAGGAAGCGCCACAAUUUGAUCCAGAUCAUUCUUUUUAUGAAGAACAACUGAAUAAGAAUAUGGCGGUCAACAUUUAUAAGGAUGGCAAAUGGGGAACGUACCGCCAUUUUUCUUUGAUAGGCGGAGAGGAGAUAGAGUGCGAUCACGGUUUUGCUUGUCCAGUAACUAGAGGAGACAUGUCUAGUCUAAAAUGGUUGCAAGGGAAUCUCCAUUCUGAUGUAACGCUUCCUCCAGAAAAAACAUUAGUGCAGGUUUACUAUGCAUCACUGAACUUCAGAGACAUAAUGACAGCUUCGGGUCGUAUAAAUUCUGAUGUUAUAACAAUGGACCGUACAGAACAAGAAUGCGUUGAAGGUUUCGAGUUCUCUGGAAGAGAUGCAAGUGGAAAAAGAGUUAUGGGUAUGAUCAUUCGAGGUGCUCUGUCGACCAUGGUAUCAGCUGAUAAUUAUCUCUUGAUGGACGUACCAGAUUCUUGGACUUUGGAACAAGCAGCGUCUGUACCUGUUGUGUACGGGACUGUCAUACACGCAUUAAGAGAGAUUGCCAAAAUUAGAAAAGGAAAUUCGAUUCUGAUCCAUUCUGGAACUGGAGGCGUUGGUCAAGCAGCUAUCAAUUACGCAUUGUCAUUUGGUUGUAUCGUAUUCACCACAGUUGGUAGUCCUGAAAAGAAGAAAUCGUUGAUGGAGUUAUUCCCACAACUUCGAGAGAGUCACAUAGGAAAUUCACGAGAUAUAAGCUUCGAGAAGAUGAUUAAACAACACACCAGAGGGCGAGGUGUAGAUAUAGUAUUGAAUUCUUUAGCGGAAGAUAAACAAUUAGCUUCGAUAAGAUGUUUGGCCAAAGGAGGCAAGUUUUUGGAGAUUGGAAAAGUUGAUCUCGCCAGCAACAACUCACUACAACUAAGAAUGCUGAAAAAGAACUGUUCCUUCCAUGGUAUAAUGUUGGAUCAGUUCUUCACUGCACAUCCUGUCAUAAAAAAGAAUUUCAGGGCAAUACUCGAUGGAGGAGUAGCAAAUGGAUCCAUCAAACCCUUAGCAACAACAGUAUUCAAGAUGAACGAAAUCGAACAAGCUUUUCGUUACAUGGCUUCUGGGAAACAUACCGGAAAAGUUUUGAUUAGAAUUCGAGAAGAAGAGGAAGACAAGAUUGUACGACCAUCUGCUCUUCACAUUAAAGCAACUCCAAGAUUUUCUUGUGAUCCAGAUAAAUCAUAUGUGAUCAUAGGAGGUCUGGGUGGCUUUGGGCUAGAGUUGGCAGAUUGGCUGAUUUUAAGGGGAGCCAAACGUUUAUUAUUGACAUCGAGGACUGGAAUACAAAACGGAUACCAAUCCUAUAGAAUGAAUAUUUGGAAGUCAUAUGGUGCAAUCUGCCAAAUUUCAACGGCUGAUAUAACAACUGAGGAAGGAUGUGAGCAACUCAUAAUUGAAGCUCAAAAACUAGGACCAAUCGAGAGCAUUUUCAAUCUGGCAGUAGUUCUGAGAGAUUCUCUUCUGGAAAAUCAGAGCCCGGAAAGUUUCAGGAUCUCUUUUGCUCCCAAAGCUGUAGCAACAAAGAUUCUGGAUGAAGUUACUAGGAAGCGAUGUCCGGGUUUGAGGGACUUCGUGGUUUUCUCAUCUGUCUCAUGUGGAAGAGGUAAUGCAGGUCAAACCAAUUAUGGUAUGGCGAAUUCUAUAAUGGAGAGAAUAUGUGAAAGAAGGAAAAAAGAAGGUUUUCCUGCUCUAGUCAUUCAAUGGGGAGCUGUUGGAGAUGUUGGGUUGGUAGCAGAGAUGAUGGAAGAGCAAACUGAAAUGGAAAUUGGUGGAACACUACAACAAAGGAUAACCAGCUGUUUGCAGGUCAUGGACACUUUCCUCAGGCAGAAGGAGGCUACUAUAGUUGCGAGUAUGCUAGUAGCAGAAAAAAGAAGUGGUAGUGGUGGUGCCGACAACAUAGUAGAUGCUGUUGCAAACAUACUAGGAAUUAAAAAGCAGACUGUUUCUCCACAUGCAACUCUUUCGGAGCUAGGAAUGGAUUCUAUGACUGCAGUAGAAAUCAAACAAGUAUUAGAAAGAGAAUUCGAGGUCUUCCUCACAGCUCAAGAUAUUAGGAGCAUGACGUUUGCCAGGUUACAAGAAAUACAGGAAACUAAGGAGAAAGAUAAAGAAUCUGGAAAGGUCACCCACCGAUUACCAAGAGGUUUUGAGUUGAUCUUGCGAUACUUAGGAGAUGAGAAUACUUCUACGAUUCCAGUGUUGAGGCUUCCGAGCUUGGUGGAAGGUGAUCCAGAAGACGUCCCAUACAUUUUCUGUUUCCCUGGCAUAGAAGGAUUCGCAACGUCUUUGAAGCCAUUGGUCGCUAACGUCAAGGCUAAGAUGAUUGGAAUACAGUUCUGCUACAAAACACCCACUAACAGUUACAAGGAUUUGGCUAAAGAAUCAGAAGAACAAAUCCUGAAAUAUGUCACAACCAAAGAUCCAGUUCACAUGUUGACAUACUCUUGGGGUACAAUAAUUGCUUUAGAAACCAUGUCCUCUUUAGAGAAGAAGGGUUAUAAAGGUACCAUCACAUGCAUAGACGGAGCACCCGAUAUGCUCUCAUUGAUGUGUGAGCAAGAGAUGAAGACUGGUUCUGAAGCUGAAUUUGAGACCAUCAUUCUUUGCCAUCUGAUGGCUCUCUAUCUUCCAUAUGAUAUAAUUUUAAAGAAUAGGGAAAAAAUCUAUAGAUGUAACACCUUCGACGAGAGGAUGUUGGUGGCUCAUAAGAUAUCAGCGCAUGACGCUACUCAUUCGCCGCAAUACCAGAAGAAGGUAGCAGUUGGGUUCUAUACCAGGCUGAAGGAGUUGAGGACGUAUGAGCCUGAUUAUCCUAAGAUCAUUUCUACCGUUAGGCUUUUCAAACCUUCAACCUUGAGCGUGCAGAAUUUCGCCGAAGACUAUAAUCUUUCUAGGUUGUGCUCAAAUACUGUGGAGGUGACGCUCUUUGAAGGAAACCAUAUAACAAUAUUGGACAAUCCAUCGGUGGCUGAGGCAAUAAAUGAAACGCUGGGGUUGACGCCGAAGACCCAAACUACAACUGUACAAAUCAAGGAUUCGACCGAAAGCAAUAACAAUAAAUGAGCUUACUGUAAAAUAGUUCAAUAAAUUUCGAGAAUAAUUU